AUGGUAAAAACUCGUAAUUCAUGGUAUGAAGGAUACAAUAACUUUAUACCAAGUACGAAUAAUUCAUUGGAAGCAACAAAUUGGGUCAUCAAAGAUGAACACACAUUUAGAAAACCACAUUCGUUGUCAAGAUUUUUUACAAUUGCAAAUGAUAUUGUUAAUAAUUGGUCCAAGUCUCGUAAUCGGAAUCAAAUAGAUCCGAUUUUAUUUUCAACAGAACCAACAAUUUCACUCAAAAAAUGGACUGAUGCAUAUCAUUUCGCAAAAUCCUCAAAAUCAGUGUUACAAAUACUAACUAAAACAAAAGGAUUAACUGAUUACUAUAUACCAGCUGGUGAGACAGAAAAUAUUACAACAAAUGAAAUAUUUUGCUUAGAAAAUUAA